CCUCAACACCACACACAGCAACAGCAACCCUGCUUUCAUACCACCUCCAACGAACAGAAAUACUCCAAUACAUCAUAUUUUUUCGACACAACCGUGAAACUGGCGAGACUCAAGGAAAACGCGGGCCCCAUGGACCCACCCACACCCUCCAAGCUGGCCAUGUCGCCAGGCAUGCCCAUAUUCCCCGCCAGCCCCGAGCGCAUCACCGGCACACGAACACAGUACGGCGAUCCCACGCCCUCGUCGCCCUCGCUUCCAGCAUUGCGCUCAGGCUCGCCGCUGCGGUCACAUCGCCGGAACGACUCGGAUGUGUCGGUGCAAGGGCUGGCAACCAUGUUCGAGACGCUCGAGGUUAAGGACCCACGCGAGGCUCGCGACCGGUACAAGGCAGCACUCGAAAAGGAAAAAGCCAGAUGGGUGGACAAGCUCAGCGUCAUGGAGAAGGAGAUGGCCAAGAUGCAGAAGGAGCACGGCUUGGCUAUGAGCCGGCGCGACGUGCGCAUUGAGGAGCUGCGGGCUGAUACCAAGAAGCUGCAAGAGGCCAAUGAGGUGGCUGUCUCCCGCGAGCAGUUUGAAAAAGAAUUCAAGGCACACAGGGCUAAUGUGAAGAAGUGGGAGCAGACGUUUAAGGAGCGUGAGAAUAUCUGGAAGCAGGAUGCGGCGAAAUUGAAAGAGUCCGAGUCGCGCUGUCAGUCCCUCCAUGCCAAGUGCCGGGAAUAUAAACAACGAACCAAGGACGCAGAGACAAAGGCCCUGAACGCCACAAUGUUGGUGCCAUCGAUGCGAAUGCAUCAGCAGGGCUUGGAGAAGAAGAUUCAGCGGGCUGAGUCUGAUGCAAGAUUUGAAUCAGAUAAAGCGGCCAAAUACCAGAAACAGGCCUACGAUAUGGAUGUCGAACUCAAGGGUGUAGAGGCACGCCUUGGCGAUGAGAUUGACACACUUCAGGAAAAGCUACGGUUAGUCGAGGGAGAGCGUGACGCUUUGAAGACAAGCCUGAAGGAAGAGGAGGUCAUGCGCGUUGCUGCUGAAGGUCGCAUCGCGCUACCAACGCCAAAUGACGACGAGGACGACGAGUUUGACCCACCAGUGCGCUCUCCAAGGAAGCCACGUAACGUGCAGCGCGACGAUGACAACAAGGAAAAUGUGUCGCCAAAGAAGGGGGCUGUCGACCUUAGCUUCAUCCAGCAGGAACUGGUGGCUGAACGACGUCUGCGAGAGCGCGCCCAGGACCAAAUCGACUUCAUGAAAAUGGAGUGCCAGUUCCGCUGCUGCUCCUGCCGUAUUGCCGACACCAAGGGCACUGAGUAUGUCCAUGAUGACAGCUUCAACUCUGAGAUGCAGCGCAUCAAGUUGUCCAUUCCCGUUUUGACGCCUCCACCGAGCAACCAUGGAGAAGAUUCGAUGGAGGGCGUGAUAACCAAGCAAGAGCCUGCUGAGAGCGAGCGUCCGUUCACACCACCCGCAGAAGAACUACACCAGACCGAGCAAGACGCAGACCCGAGCGAGCGAGCUUACGACAAUACCGUCUUGGUUCAUGCGCAGGCCGACGACGCUGACACAUCGAUUGCCUUUUCCCCUACAACAGGCACCUUUCGCUCCGUCCCAUCUCCAAAGAAGAUCAGCCCACCUCUGCAGGACUUUUCUGACACAACUGAAAUGACUACCCUAUCACCAACAUGGACGUCAGACUCGCACAACGCCGCCACAUCCACGGCAAGAACCUCUUCACGAAUGUCUGCUCCUGUAGAACUGCCAGAGAGUCGCAAAGAGAACAAGCUUGCAGACAUCUCCGUCCACGAGGAUACCGUUAUUGACAGCGACGAGGAGAACAUGGAACCUCCACACUACAUGCACGAACCUGCCACACCAGCCUAUCGUGAGAAUCGAAAACCAGUCAAGACUGUUCCCAUCAAAUUUUCGCCAGCUACGCCUGCUUUCAAACCAGGCAGAGGUCCCAUGACGCCUUCGACUGUAGCUCACGCAGCUGUAGAUGCGGCCACACCAGUUCUCAAAGAGCUGUCGAUGAAUCAACCUAUCGAUAGAGAAGCCGCACUUGAGGCCAUUCGCCAGCGACGGGGUCGUGCUAGGAGCUUGGCCGCGGGUCAGGGAACGCCGUUGAAGCAGAUGGUAGAUGGUGUCAAGGAUCGCAGAGACAUCAGCGCACCAGUUUCCCGGGUACGAAGAUCAUGAGUGAUGGUCGACUCAAAAACUCGAUUUGAUAUGGUGGAGUUUCGCUACGAUCACGGCGGCAUUGCUUGGAGUUCUUGUCGCGUUUCUUGUUUAAGGCGUUGAAAAGGUUUACGAGGCUGGUUCUUUCUGGGCAGGAGCAAUUUGGAUAUAUCCCACCCACGGUUGACCCUGGUAUUUCUGGUUUAUGAGUAUUUUAAUUGAUGAUUUAUGCCAAUCUACAUCUGUGCUGCG